AUAACGGUUUUCGUAACUCGAGCGUUCAGACUUCAGAUCCCGGAGACUGACUCUUGAUACGUUUUGAAUUCUUGAUACACAGUCUUAAAAUAAUAUUGAUUUCCUUUUCGUUCAACCGCUAAUCCGCGGACGUCGAUAGUCACCUUGUCGGUAGAACUUGCUCGGAAUGGUGUGAAGUUGGUGUGGUUAGGCUGUUCGUAGUACAGCUGAUUUUAUCGUUUCGGAUACAUAUUAAUUAUGAAGCCUCAAGAACUGUGUGAUAUUGAUGACUUAGCUACAUCUCUUGUUGUUGAUGUUUUUCUCGGAUUUAAUACUCACAAAAUGAACAUAGAACAUAAAGAAAGGUAUAAAUGCAAAUCACAUUUAAAACCUGUUAUUGAUGAAUUCAUUAAAAAUCAAAGCAUGAAAAAAGCUUUUGAUAGUUUUUGGAAUCGAAAGUAUAUACCUGAUCAUUUAUUUAAGGUAUCUUAUAAAAAAUUAGUCAGAGACCAUAUUGAAAGAUACAUGGGAAUGUUUUAUUUGGAUUCUGGUUUUCAAAUAGAACCAUGCUACAGAUAUUCUUUAGAAAAUAGAGUAGGAGCCAAAGUAAAUGCCACUAGUCAUUGGUAUAAAGAUGGAAUAAUUAAACGAUUAGUUGGUUGUGUGGCUGAGUUGACGGAAAAGCAGGAGGAGGAAAUAUUGCAUAUUGGAAAGAAUGAUUUUUCAGUGAUGUACAGCUGUCGCAAAAAAUGUGCUCAACUUUGGCUGGGCCCAGCAGCUUAUAUCAACCAUGAUUGCCUGGCCAAUUGUAAGUUUGUACCUAAUGAUAAAGGAACGGCCUGUGUCAAAGUGCUUAGAGAUAUUAAACCUGGUGAGGAAAUAACAUGCUUUUAUAGUGCUAAUUUCUUUGGUGAAAACAAUGUCAACUGUGAAUGCUGCUCAUGUGAAAAGUUGUGUAAAGGAGCUUUUAAAACCGAUGUCGAACUACCCAAAUUGGGACGGUACAACUUCAGACAAACCCAUGGUCGAACCAAUUCUUAUCGGUCUCCAGAUAAAAGCAAAAAAUUAAAGGAACCAAAAUCACCUAAAAAGAAAAAUAACGUGGUUUUAGAACCUUGUACACCAAAUAAAAACCCUGAAGUUGAUAAGGGUGAAGCUUUGCUUGGAUCGCCAUACACAAAAAUAAUCCAAAAGACCAGAGGCUUAGAUUUGGACCAAGCGUCAAAAUCACCAGAAAAGUAAUAAGUAAGAAGCAAGAAAGACAUUGUUGUACAAUAUUGAACAAACAAUUAUCCCAGUGACAAAAUUAUUUUAUAAACUGAUUAAAAUUAUAAACUAAAUAUAAUUCACAUCUAUAUUUCAAUUGGAAUUUGAAUACUUUUUAGUCUACCAAUAUUUUUUUUUUGUAUAAAAUUAUUGUUUUAACAUUAUGCUUGUUUGUCUAUCACCAAUUGUUUUCAUUAGGUAUUUAUUGAGCAGUAAUAUUUACUAACUAGCAAGUAAUUAGCACCCACGGGACAUAUUGUACAUAGCUCUCAAUUUUAAUUUUAAUAAUGAAAUGUAAUGAUUUGAUGACAGUUUAACUUUCCUGUAAUUCUAUACGUGUUUACUUUUUAUUAAGACAAAAUUAUUGUAAUACUAUAAAUAACUUUAAAAAACUAUUGCCUGUUUUAUAAACCUAGAAAGUUUGUUCAGUAUAACCUUAAUCAGUAGUCAGUACUUCACUCAGUGUGACUAUAGAUUGAUAAUACGCUUUCACACUUAUUAAUAAACAUAAUAAUGCACUAUUAAUUUUUAUUUUCUGUCUUUCGAUAAUUGUUUAUAAUAUAGUAUAAUUUAGUUAUAAUUUUAAUAU